CCCCUAUCGAUAAAUCUCGAGCGCGAUAUCGGAUGCGCAUGCGUGACACAUGUGUUAAUACUUAAUGGUCGGUGAAAGGCAUCUGCUGGCGUAAAAUCCCUUGAUUUUGACAAAUAUUGGACUAAGAAUUAAAAUAUCACCAUGGCUACUGAUGAGGUACAUGAGGUGACUGAAUGCAAGGACAAAUUACAUGAAAUGUCAGAGAAUCUAGUGAAAGUUGUGUUCCCCAAGAAGAUUCGAGAGUUAGGGGAAUUAGUAGAGAGUGAUUUGUUUAGACUAAGUCGGAUGUCAGAGGUCACGACGAGUAUCAACAUUCCAGUUCCAGCCCCAGUCAUUCUAAACCAUUCUGAUGAUGUAGACGAUGCACUGAAACCACAUGCAAAGAAACGGAAGCACGACACACAGAAUGAUGUACAAGGGUGCAAGGUGUUCUCUCUGCCUGCAGGAUCUGUACCAUGCAACACGCAGUUAACUGAUCUGAUAGAUAUCCUGAAACCCAAGAUAUGCUGCCUCAUAGAACAGUGUAACACGCUGAAGAUGUGGAUCCAGCUACAGAUUCCAAGGAUCGAAGACGGCAACAACUUUGGAGUCUCCGUCCAGGAAGACACAUUAAGUGAACUUCGUCAGGUAGAGAGCGAGGCCGCUUCGUACCUUGACCAGAUAUCACGGUAUUACAUCACAAGAGGGAAACUAGUCAGCAAGGUCGCCAAGUACCCUCAUGUGGAUGACUACAGGAGGAGUGUAAUUGAAAUCGAUGAGAAAGAAUUCAUCAAUCUUCGUCUAACAUGCCUUGAGUUGAGAAAUACAUAUCUUUCCCUUCAUGAUGUGAUAACGAAGAACAAAGACAAGAUCAAGAAACCUCGAGGAAACAACACAGAAUCAAUGUACUGAGGACAACGCCAUCAAUCAUUACCAACCAACACAGUUCAACCCCUUGCCUCCCAGAACUGGAUGAUCCCUGCACAAAGUCUAUGGGAAUUACAGAGUUCAGUAGUCAACAGGUUAACUCUUUUUCUACUGGAACUGUGUAAUCUCUGUACAAAACAUAUGUGAAUGACAGAAUUCAAGAGUCAACAGGUUAACCAAUUGCCUUCUUGAAUUGGAUUAUCCCUGUACAAAGCCUCAGGGAAUUACAGAAUCCACUGGGUUAAGAUUAUAACCCUCUGAGGUAGGGCUGAGUCAAACAGACUGGUCAAUUAGUGCCCAAACGAUGCUGUCAGUCACUGGUAUAAUUUCUUCCAGACCGGUGGAAUUCAAGUAAUACAUUAGAAACUCACAGAUUCAAAAGACUUUGACAGUCAACCAGUUAAGAACUAAAUUUCCUUAAAGGUUUAUCUAAUAUUAACAAUCAGCUUGCACUAUGGAAAUAGUCUUGCUCGUUUGAUUAAAGGCUUGAUGUAUAGUAUCACAUAAAGGGUUUAGACCAAGAUCAGGAAUUAUAGGUCUUCAAGUGGUUGACAUUUACAGAUGUUCCAAUAUUGAAUUUCCAAUGCAUUUUUCUUAAAUACACCAGUUCCCAGGUCUCUGCUCAAAGAAGAUAAAGUCGGCGGUAAAAAAAAAAAAUUAAUGACUCGGCCAUAUUUAGUGGAACCAUUUUCAGUGGUGUUAGGACACUAUUAUCAGUACCAAUCAAAGAUUAACAAUAUUCCAAGGCAUCGCUUCUUAUUAUCCACAAGCCUUGAAGUUAUUAGGAAUGCACAAGUAUUACUCACAGGGAAAUAAGUUUAUCCUCUUGGUCUUCUAGCAGGUGGUCUCACUCUCAGCCGGGACUCUCAGAUUGUCACGGAUAAGACGACUUGAUCAAAUUAUGGUUUGAUCCAACCCAAUUUGGUAAAAUUAUCACUUGGUCUCAUACUGAGUUGCUCCUACUUUCAUGCCUGGUCUUAUAGAGUGCCGAAGUGUGACGUCAUCAAUUUUCACUUUGCAUAUCAGCGUGUUUGAUACCAUACUUUGGUAGAGCAUGAUGAAAAACCUCUACAACCUAAAUGUGGUGCCAAAAAAAGUUGUUUGUGAUGUCAUCACUUCGGUACUCUAUUUCCACUUUGUGUAGUUUUAGUUUGUUCUUGGUCAAAUGAAAAUUUGGUUUGUAAACAGUUCAACAACUUGAACAGACUAAGGAGUGAGAAACCAAAUAUUAGUAGACAAAAUAAUUAUAGAUAGACUGGUUAUACAUGUAGACAGAACGAGGAUUAAAACGUGUUCAAUGAGACCAAACAGAAAGUGGUUUAAGUAUAUGUAGGUGUAGACAAAUUGGCAAACUACUAUUACAUUUUUCCAAGACGACUUACUAUUGCUAUCACCACAAAUAUACAUUUCAUCAGGGGUUUGAGAGUUCAGGUUUUUAGCUGAUUUCAUAUUUAUUUUUUAUUCAGCGUAAUUUCAGCUUAUUUUUGGCUUUUCUCUGUACUAAAAGUACGGAAGCUCUUUCUAUUUCAGACUUUUUCAACACUCUUCAGCUUUUUUUUCAGAUCUCUUUAUUUGUGACCAAUCACACCACUGUUUCAUAAUCCCUAAAAGUGUUCCAUGUUUUCAACAGCAACCUAUGGUGUACAUGGAGUUAAGAACUACUGUACGCCUUAAUUUCAUGUACCAAGAGAUAUUUAAAAAAAAAAUAAUAAUUAAAAAAACCUCACAAAGCACCCUCAGUUCCUUCUGGAGUGGCGUUACAAGGGUUUUACCAUUUUUGCUAUAUAACAUGGAUUGAAAUCUUCAUGAGGAAGCUCCACCCUCUUAUUGCAUCCCCUCUACUAAAAAACAUUGAUAUUCCCAAACCAGGCCAGCGUCAGUACAUUGUAAGGAUAUCAUAUGAAUUGACCAAAGCAGGGUUCCCACAGUCACGGAAAAUCCUGGAAAAAUUUGUGGUCAUGGAAAAGUCAUGGAAUCGCAUUUACCUCUUGGCUAUGGCAGCUUUCCAGUUUGUCGUGUCUUGCAACUCUCAUACUCUGUGAUCAUACAUGUACUCUGCUGUUAUAAUCGGUGUUCAUGAUUUCCAUUUUUCCCAAAUUCUACAUAACUCCCUGGACGUCACGGGAAGUCAUGGAAAGCAGCAAUUUAGUCAAGGAAAAGUCAUGGAAAAGACAUGGAAUUCUGUUUUCAAAUUUCUGUGGGAACCCUGCCAAAGUCAAAGUGGAGACUUAACAAUCACCCAAUUAAAGUAUCCAAUACCCUGAAAUGGAGUACCAAAUUGUGGCGUGAAAUUUUUUAGUUUUUUGUUAUUACUAUUUUUAUUUUUUGGCAAAUUGAUGGCGUCACACUUUGUUACUCCAUCUUCUUUACAUAAAUUUUGUAUCAUCUUGAUAUUCAAGUGUAUUUUAUGAUUCUGAGUAUUUUUAACUAUGAUUUAUAGUUCCUGUACAAUCUCAUCAAUCAUGAUGUCUUUGAUAUUGAUCACUUCACCGCAGGUUUGUGUGUCUCUGAUUUUUACCCUAUUUAUCACAAUGUAUUUCAUGGAUUAUUUAAUCGAUUUCACACCAUGUUUUGUUUGCUAUGUCUAGAACAAACCCUGUCUUUUAUGAACUUUAUCUAAAAAAUGAUUUUCCUAAUCAAGUAAAAUCUCUUAAUCUGUAGACCAUUUAUAUAUGCACACAUGAUUUGUCACACAAACCUGUUAAUCCACAAUAUGUAUAUGUAUGUAUUUCAAUCAAUUUUCAAUCUCUGGUAAUCUUUUGAGAGUCCCCUUCUGUCGUUGUGCCAUCUUAAUCAGUUUUUAUUUUUCCCCCUAUUUUUAUUGUGGUGCCAUGUUUUUUUUCCAUGUGUACAUUUGAAGCAAGAGUAAUUUAAGUAAUAAAAUGCCUGUAAACCACAA